AUCCCAAAUUCCUGUCGCCGAAAACAUCAUGUGUGCGAAAUACUGAGAGGGCAUCCGGCAGCUCUGAGCUGGGUAGCAUGAGCCCUGAGGAGCAGGUUUUAACCCUCAAAGAACUCGGGGAGAGAGAGAGAGAGAGAGAGAGAGAGAGGAUAGCAUGGAGGAUUUGAAGAAGAGGAAGAUCGAGGAAGAAGGCAACGGCCAAAACCCUUUCGCGGAUUCAACAGAAGAGAAGCUAAGGUCGUUGCUUGACCCCCUCCCCAAGACCCAGUUGGUCGAUCUCCUCGCUAAGCUAGGGUCCCAAUAUCCUUCUAUUGCUGAAGAAAUUAUAAGUAUUGCAAGUUCUGAUCCUGUCCACCGAAAGCUCUUUGUUCGUGGUUUGGCUUGGAACACUACCUCAGAAACCUUGUGUGCUGCAUUUGAAAUGCAUGGAGAAAUUGAAGAAGGGGCUGUAAUCGUUGACAAAACUACAGGAAAAUCUCGUGGUUAUGGUUUCAUAACCUAUAAAGACAUGGAGUCAGCUCAGGCUGCACUGAAAGCACCUAGCAAAUUGAUUGAUGGCCGGAUGGCAGCUUGUAACCUUGCUUGUGAAGGCUUAAGCAGUGCAAGCAUUCCACCUGAUCAGGCACAGAGGAAGCUUUACGUUGGUGGAUUGUCGCCAGAUACAACAAGUGAGAUGCUGCUUUUCUUUUUUGGAAGGCACGGUGAGAUAGAAGAGGGUUCAGUUGCUUACGACAAAGACACAAACAAAUCUCGUGGCUUUGGAUUUGUCACAUACAAGACAGUAGAGGCAGCAAGGAAAGCUAUUGAUGAUCCACAAAAGACACUUGGGGGGAGGAACAUCACUGUUAAGCUUGCUGAUAAUCACAAGAGCAAAAUGUUGCAAUCACAGCCGCCAGCAGCUAUGGUUCCGGUGCAAAUUCCAAUGGCAUCUGGAUAUGCGCAAGGUGGAAAAGCACACUCUGGUGCAGCCCCCGUAGGAUACACUUACCCUCAACCCGUGGCUCCCUAUGCUAGUGCUGCUUACCCUAGCCAUCCCACAGCAGCUGCACCAUAUCCGACCCAAUCUCAGAUUCCAUAUUCCUCAUUUGCUAUUAAAAAGGAUUCACUUGGACCUCCAGCGGCGCCACCUACUGGACUGAGUGGAUACCCUUACUACUAUGCCAAAUAACCAAUAAAGCUCAAUCAAAGCACUUAAUUGAAAAUAUGCAUCUGCUAAGGAGCUCAGGCAUCUUGAAAACCACCGAAAGCCAACCGUAGUAGUAGGUUUUAGGAGCUUUUGUAGUUGAGAUGUUUAUUUAUAGACCAAGCAUAUCAGGUUAAAAUGCUUAUGGGUUACAAUGUGAAGGAAUUUGCUCGUUGUAGUUAUAAUUCAAGGGAAGUUAGUUCUUUUAAUUUUUCCGGGCAGAUUGUUAUUUUGUUUUCCCACCUGCCUUUCUGAUAUUCUAAGGUUGGUAAUAGGUGGAGCUAAUGAAACUAAUUUUUAUGUUCCUGUA